AUGAAAUUUAUGGGUCGAAAAAAGAACGUGGAGAAGAGAGAGAGAGUUGCACUAAUUGAGGCAAAACCAAAACAAAUCGUUGAACAAUUCAUAAUCGGGUUCGCGCCUGUGCUCACAUACGCAGCCUGCGAAUGGUUCCUCAUAUUCCUCAUGUUCGUCGAUGCUCUUCUCUCCUAUCUCCUCGUCUGGUUCGCUCGCUACUGCAGAUUGCAGAUGCCAUGUUUCCUCUGUUCCAAGCUUCUUCAUCCUCUUCACUGGAGACUCCUUCUCUGCAGAAACCACAGAUCAGAGGUCUCGUCUUACAUGUCAUGUCAGAAUCACGACAACAACCUCGCAGACUGUCGUGGCAUGUGCGACGAUUGUCUCUUGUCCUUCACCAAAAUGACCGGUCCGAAUCCAGACAUGAACAGAUUGCUUCUUGGGAAACUAGGGUACGAUCUUCUCUCUAAAAGCCAUUUCGCUCACCCUAGGUCAUGUUCUUGCUGCAAUAAACCGUGGAGGACGAGGCACCAUACGCAGAGACUGAUUCGGUUAGGCUCUCGGGGAAGAAACUCCGCCGCUAAACCAAACAUUCCUGCUCCGAGGCAUCAUCUUACAAGACGAGGAAGCGGUGGAAGUCUGAAGAAGAUGAGAGAUCAUAAGGAGGCAGCGAGUGGUGGUGACUAUGUAGACAUUGGAAGCCGCAGCGACGGUAUGGCUCAUGUGGGUUACACUGAGCUGAAGAUUCACUCGGAUUCUGAAUCCGAGUUCCUGUUUUCGGAUGAUGAAGCUUUCCUCCAUAUGGCAAACUUCAAUGUUGAGCCAUCUGAGAAACGUGUCCACAAACACCGAUCUCGGAAGUCGUUUGAAGACAAGAAGAUGUUGAAUCGUAAGCGGCAGCCUGAUUUGCAAGAAAACGUGGAAUCUUCCAAGCCUGAGCGUAAUCCUGUAAACAAGACUCAGCAACAAAGACCUCUAAAAGAAGCAGAGCAUGAGGCUGUACUUUCUGAGCUUAUAACUAUGAGUGAAGCUCGUCCGUUCUCACUGAGUUUACCUCAAGAGGAUGAUGGUGCAGGAGUAGAAGCAGACAAUGAAACUGAAGCCGAGGAAAGUGGCAACUCGACUCCUUCUGGCGGCGAGUUUUUGAGCCCUUCUGGAGGAAUUAUUGCCUCUCGAGAAAUCCGGAUUCAACAGCAUGAUGAUACCGCAGACUUUUCUCAGACUUUCUCCGGUUCACCUGAAGCAUCUGAGGCAGCUAUGGAGCAAAAAGUGUCUGAUCACACAGAUGUGCCUGUUUCUGUUGCAGAUGAAUCUUCUAGUGAUGAGGAGGAUGGAGUUGAAGGAGAUUCCAAGCCUUUGUUGAAUAAUAUGUCAGAUUCUCAGGAACAGGAAGAAGACUCAAGUGUGGAAGAAAACGAGGCUAAUGAAAACAACGUAGCAGAAGAAUACUUCAGUAAUGAAGAAGGUGAGGUCAAUGGACAUUCCGAGCCUUUGACAUCAAAAGAUGCAUCUGUUUCAUUAGCUGAAGAAGAACAAUCCAGCGAGGAAGACGAUGGAAGUAAUAAUGGCUAUUCGGUUGCGAAAUCCCAUUCUAGUCAUGAAGAAGAGGAUGAUCAUGAUAAUGGAGAAUCUGAACCUUUGACAUCAAACAAUGUGACUGGUUCUGCCACAGAAGAACACUCCGGCAAAGAAGAGCAUGGAGAGACUGAGCCUAUGACGUCACCAAAAAUCUCCAAAGAAGAACAUAGCGAUAAAGUUUCCUCAAAGGUAACAGAGACUCAAAAUACUUCAAAUGCAUCACCGGAGCUUAAGCACUCUGCUUCUGUGGAAUCAUUUGUAAGCAUCAGCAGUGACAUCGAGGGCGAAAGUCUUGUUGAUGUGUUGAAGCAACAACUAGAGCAUGACAGGAAAUGCCUAAGAGAUGUGACUAAAGAACUAGAGGAAGAGAGAAAUGCCUCAGCUAUUGCUACAAAUCAAGCAAUGGCGAUGAUCACGCGGUUGCAGGAGGAGAAAGCAGCUCUCCAUAUGGAAGCUUUACAGUACCUGAGAAUGAUGGAUGAGCAAGCGGAGCACGACGUCGAUGCACUUGAGAGAGCAAACGAUGUCUUGGCUGACAGGGAAAAGGAGAUACAAGAUCUUGAGAUGGAGUUGGAGUAUUAUAGAGUAAAGUAUCCAGAUGAGCCAAGAGAUGAGAUUCUCGCUAGCAUGGGAAUUCUCGAGAAUAUAGAAACUAGCGCAGACUCAACAACUGAAGAGACCAGUGAGAAAGUUAAACCAGACACCGAACUUACCGGUCCUAGGCCUGAUAGUAGUGAUGGUCACAGGAGACAUAAGAGAAUAAUCUGCAGAGGCAUAAAGAUACUGCACCAGUAUUCAUUGCAAAACCACAAUGGUGAAGUGAUUCUUUCGAGCAUAGACAAGAACAAGUUGAUUACCUUAGAGAAUGAGAUUUCAAUGGUAGAGAAACAUUUAGAGACACAAGAGAGAGUUUGUGUUUGUACUAAUAGAGAAAAGAAAAGGGUAGAGUUAGUUAAAGACAUAGCUCGGGAGCUGCAGGGAGUGUCACAGUCUUGGGGUAGCGAGAAGAUGAUCGAUUUGCCUUUAACCAUGGAGUGCAGUUAUUUAUGA